AUGCCCAACGAGAUCAAGGACAUCACCACUCGGGAUGAGACAUCAUUCUCAUAUGUCUUUGAACAGAAUGUCUCUAUUCAAUUAAAGGAUGGAUCUGGUGUGGUACGGUGCAAUGUCUAUCGUCCCAAGGGUUCAGAAAAGGUUCCUGCCUUGGUGACUUAUGGUCCAUACGGCAAGGACAUUCCCUACAAGGAUUUCCACGGCAAGAGUUUCAGUGAAGUCAACCCUGAACAAAAGUCCGAGCACUCAGCCUGGGAGACCCCCGAUCCCAAGUAUUGGACCAGCAAAGGAUAUGCAGUUGUGCGUGCCGACGAGCGUGGCACCGGCCAAUCCAUCGGUAAACUCGACACCAUGUCGCGAGGCACCAGUGAAGCCUUCUUUGAUGUGGUUGAAUGGGCUGCCGAGCAGCCUUGGUCAUCCGGCAAAGUUGGCUUGCUGGGAAUCAGUUAUUUUGCCGGCAGUCAAUGGCGCGUGGCCGCCAGACAGCCCAAGGGUCUUGCUUGCAUGAUUCCCUGGGAAGGCAUGUCAGACUACUACCGUGAUCGCUGCCGCCACGGCGGGAUUCUCUCCAAUGCAUUCAUCAAAUUCUGGUGGAACCGUCAGGUUGUGACCAACCAGUAUGGUCUGGGCGGUCGCGCAGCCCGCAAUUGGGGACCUGACACCAUUGAAGGCGACUUGUCCGAGGAAGAAUUGGUGCAGAACCUCCAGGACCAGACGAUCGACAACCGCGAGAACAAGUUCCGCGAUGAUCUGUACUACGCAUCAAAGGAGUACAGCAUGUCUGACAUUCAAGUGCCACUGCUAUCCGUCGCCAACUGGGGCGGUAUCCUCCUGCAUCUGCGUGGAAAUGUGGAGGGCUGGACUCAUGCAGGCUCGGAGCUGAAAUAUCUUCGCUUCAUCACCGGUCGACAUGAUCUGCCCUUCUACUACACCGAGGAAGUCGAGCUCCAACGCAGCUUCCUUGAUGCUUUCCUGAAGGGAGAGGACCGUGAAGGUUGGUCCACAGGCAAGGCGCCCAAAGUGGACAUGGUCUUGCGAAAGGGCAACCCCGGCUUUGACAAUGCUGAAGCCGAGAAGGCAUUCCCUCGUCGCAUCGAGCACGAAUGGCCCAUUGGGCGCACUCAGUACACCAAGUAUUACCUCACAUCGCAACGCGAGCUCAUCACACAUGCUCCCAUUGAACGUCCCAGUAAGAUCACUUACAAGGCUUUGGGGAGUAUGGAAAACCCGGAGCUCGUGCAAUUCGUCACUCCGGCCUUUGAAAAGGAGACCGAGAUUACAGGCCACAUUGUUGCUCAUUUGAAUGUUUCCAUGAGUGCCUCUCCAGGCUCACCUACGCCCCAGGACCUGGAUCUCUUCAUCACGCUUCGUUACAUUGGCCCCGACGGCAAGGAAGUGUACUACACCGGUACCGCUGGCGACCCCGUCCCUCUGUGUAAGGGCUGGCUGCGUGCCAGUAUGCGCAAGGUUGAUGAACAAAAUCCCCGUCACCGAUCCUAUUUGCCUCACCGUAACUACUACUCCACCGAUGUGCUCCCCGUCAUUCCGGGCGAGAUUUACCCCGUUGAUGUUGAAGUAUGGCCGACGAAUGUUGUCGUGGAGAAGGGGGGUAAAAUUAUUCUGGAGGUCUCUAGCGGAGAUACUCAAGGAAGUGGUAUUUUCCAGCAUAAUUGUCCCGUUGACAGAUCCGUCGAACGCUUCCAGGGCCAAAAUCACAUCCACUUUGGACUUGGUGACAACUAUGUGACUUUGCCGAUUAUUCCUUGA